ACUGUCUGUGUUCAUAACCCUAACGCUAUACAGGUGUAGUCUUUUACCUUUUGUUUUUUGACAAUUAUUUAUCGAUGAUAUAAAUAUAAAAUGUAACGUUAUGUAGCUUAAGUUUCCAAAACAGUACCGCAAGCGAUUCAUGUUAAUGUUUAGGGCAAGCAUCGGGGUUCUGAACUAAAUUCACCAAGUCAGUAGUCGCAAAAGUAGUUGGCGUCCAUGAAUGGGUGUUGUUAUGGAGGGCUCCAAGUCCUCUAGUACCACCAUGCAGGUCAGCUUUGUGUGUCAGCGCUGCAGUCAGCCUCUAAAGCUGGAUACAUCCUUCAAUGUGCUCGACCGUGUCACCAUCCAGGAACUUAUUGCUCCUCUGGUCACAGUGACACCAAGCAAGCAGACAGAAAGCAAUGAGACGGAAAGUGCUCCAGAGGAAACCUUUGUGGAAACAAAGCAAGAUGGAGUCGCAAGAAAAUACAUCCCUCCUGCAAGGAUGAUGUCCACAGAGAGCGCCAACAGCUUCACUCUGAUUGGAGAAGCGUCGGACGGAGGCACCAUGGAGAACCUCAGUCGGAGGCUGAAGGUGACCAGCGAUCUGUUUGACAUCAUGUCGGGCCAGACCGACGUAGACCACCCGCUGUGUGAGGAGUGUACCGACACCCUGCUAGACCACCUGGACACGCAGCUCAACAUCACAGAGAACGAGUGCCAGAACUACAAGAACUGCCUGGAGCUGCUGUCCCAGCUGAAGGAGGAGGAGGAGGACAGCCUGUUGCUGGAGCUCCAGAAACUGGGCGAGGAGGAGUCGUCACUGGUGGGGGAGCUGGAGGCGGUGGAAGAGCAGAGGGCUGCCGUGGCCGAGGACCUGGUCCAGGGACGCAGCCACUCCCAGCAGCUAGACACUGAGGAACUGCAGUACCAGAAGGAGUACAGUGAGUUCAAGCGGCAGCAGCUGGAGCUGGAUGACGAGCUGAAGAGUGUGGACAACCAGAUGCGAUACUGCCAGAUUCAACUGGACCGCCUAAAAAAGACCAACGUCUUCAACGCCACCUUCCACAUCUGGCACAGUGGCCAGUUUGGCACCAUCAAUAACUUCCGUCUGGGCCGUCUACCCAGUGUCCCCGUCGAGUGGAACGAGAUCAACGCCGCCUGGGGUCAGACCGUGCUACUGCUCCACGCCCUGGCCAACAAGAUGGGGCUACGCUUCCAGAGAUACCGCCUGAUCCCAUAUGGAAACCACUCUUACCUGGAGUCACUUACAGACAAGUCCAAGGAGCUACCACUGUACUGUUCAGGGGGCCUGCGCUUCUUCUGGGACAACAAGUUUGACCAUGCCAUGGUGGCCUUCCUGGACUGUGUGCAGCAGUUCAAAGAGGAGGUGGAGAAGGGAGACACGGGAUUCUGCCUGCCUUACAGGAUGGAUGUCGAGAAGGGCAAGAUUGAGGACACGGGAGGCAGCGGCGGCUCCUACUCCAUCAAGACCCAGUUCAACUCGGAGGAGCAGUGGACCAAGGCGCUCAAGUUCAUGUUGACCAACCUCAAGUGGGGCCUGGCAUGGGUGUCGUCUCAGUUUUACAACCGAUAGAGGAGGAAGAUGAGGAAUCACCCUGGGUGUGCCCCUUGACCCUUCUAAAACCACAAUUUCGUCACAAUGUGUGACUCUCUAAAGUUCUUCUUCUACAAUGCUCUCCUUGCUUCCCUGUGAUGUUUUGAGAGGGUGGGGAGAAGACUGGAGGAAGGACUUUUGAGAUUCACCACUGGUGUGAGUUCCAAUCCAGUACAUCAUGUUUCCUUGUUUGAUUUCCACAUUGACCAUAUGAAAGGACAAAAUAAAAACUGUUAAAUUGUUCACAUUCAAGUCCGCCUAGACUCAUAGGUGUUAUGAAGGGAGCUAUCUGAGACUUUUGGAACACAUUCCAAGAUUGAGUCCUAAUAGUAGCUAAGUGGCUUCUGGUUGUGUCUUUUCCUUCAUAUGCACAUAUCUUAUGACACUGGAUAGGUGAAAGCUGUUGUUUCCAAUUGGCCUGUUCAAUUCUUAUAGAUCAGUACACAUGAAGGGAAGGUGUGAAGGACACAUUGAACUAUUGAGAUGCAGCACUGGAAUGGGUUCUUAUGUAUCACGUGCAAAACUGGAACGUCACAUCUGGUUUACUGCCUAUUUUUCGUCAAUUGGUUUGUAUCUUUCUCGUUCAACUCCACUCUAUCUGCAGAAAAAUUUACAUUUAUGGUUUAAUCGUUUAGAUGGUUUAAUUUCACCAUGCGUUGGAACAGCAUUGGAACGUUUGCACCAAGUGUCUACCGAAAGCUUUGGCGUCGGAAUUAUGCUGUGCUUUUGUUGAUUGGCAACUUCAACAAGGUAAUCCUUUUACUACAAGUGACUUCUUGGUGUAGAUUUAAAUGUAGACAAGGAGGCUUGUGGCAGUAUUUAAUACCCAUAUCACUAUAUGAUUUGGUUUUUCAGGUUCAUUACACAUGAAAAUGCCAAUAAUGGACCCACACAGAACGCCUUAUGUAAAAGGAUAUUUCCAAUUCUAACAUUUGUAUAAAACAAGGUAAUCAAAAUCUUA